AUGGCGCCUCCUCCGCCAAUUCCCUAUAGGGAACCUCCACAACCCCCUCGAUCCCGUCAACCCCGUCGACCUCCUGGGCUAACAAUUCAGCCUGUUGCCCAGCCCCGUCGGACCCGUCGAACCCGUCGACACCCUGCAGCGCUGGAGCCAGGAAUUCAGUCUGUAUCCCAACCCAUUGCAUCCCCGUCACAUCCGAGAUCACGUCCACAGUCGCGAUCGAAUGUACAGUUAGGACCUAAUGCUGCGCAACAAUCAACUUCACUAGGGAUAGCACCUCUGCCGCCGCCGGUAAUACCCAACCCACUAAUAGCAACGAACCAGAAUGAUGAAAACCGAGAGGGAGACAAUAACACUGACCACAGGGUACGGGAUAUUCCACAAUUCACAAUGUUCCGCAUACACCAGAUGAUUCAUGUUCUUUUGAAUGAUCUGCUCAGAGAUCCCCAAGUCCGUCCCAUGGACAUGGGGAUGAUUGCAGACUCUGCUGUUGCGAGGCUGGCCACCAUCUUCUCGGCCUCUGGAGCGCUCGGCCUUCCUGAUCGCCGUAGAAUACAGUUGCCGAAUAAUGUGCAUCUGGACAAACACUGGAUUCUCCCAAAUGCUGUGCAAAUGGGAUAUUUGAGCCCGGAGUUGAAGGUACUCGCUAGAACGUACCUGACCUCUGAGAAGCAACGGCAAAGAAAUCUCCCAUUGAGUGACAUUAUCGAGGGAUUAAAUGCGGCGAUUGCAGAGGGGAAACUUUUUGGCGUGGAGGACCGAACGAUAUUGGUGAACCUUAGCGACAUGUUUGUUGUGAAAAUUGGCCAGUAUGAUAUGCUCGAUGACAUUGAGAUGCUGCGAUAUAUCGCGGCAAAUGCUCCCCAAGUUCCACUGCCGAAAAUCCAUGGUAGUCUCAGGGCAGUGGAUAUGAACAUGGAGUGGGGUUUCCUAUUCAUGUCGAAUUAUUGUACUGGAUAUACACUAGGUGACCUCUGGAGCCGGCUUGACCAUGAGCAGAAGAUCUCAAUCAGGGAUCAACUAGAAGGAAUUUUCAGGGCCCUUAGAUCUGUCGAGCCUCCUCGUCCGUUCUCACGACGCCAAGCCACUCUUGGCGGUGGUUCUCCACGUCGCUGCAAGGACUCGCGAGGGUACACAUAUCUCGCAUUGCAACCUCUUUACAACGAGGUGGACUUCAAUAAAUUUGUCACUAGUCACUUUCCCCAAGGAAAUGCAUGGAGUACGCAACUUAAAGACCAUCUUCGGGAAGACCAUAACGUGGUUAUGACAUAUGGCAACCUCCAUCCCCGGAAUAUCAUCAUAAGCCCUGUCCCUCAGGCUGGCAUGCCUAUUGGUGGCAAUAAUCCGAACCUCUACCAAGUGGUAACUGGAAAUGCUACCCGUGCUGAGGUCGAAAUUGCCGCACACCGCGAGUGGCGAGUGACUUGUCUUGUCAACUGGCAAAGGGGUGGUGUUUAUCCGGAACACUGGGAGUAUGUGAAAGCGCUGAACCCGUCUGAUACGGCAGGGUGUCUGCCGCGUUGGUGGUAUUAUCUACCGCGCUCGAUUGGGACAUGGCCUAUCGAGCAUGCUGCGGAUUGUUUGAUAAUGGUGCCAUAG